AUGCGGGGGAAAGGUGCGAAUGCGUCGAUUAGGGAUCGGACGCAGGAGUUUCUUGGCAUAGCGGAGAAGGUAAAGAAGUCAUACUCCCCACAAAAUGGGCCAAGCAGCAGCGGAUCGAAACCUCAUGAGCUGCUGACGCCCAUGGCGAUGCAGUCGGAAUUCAAUCGUAAGGCAUCCAAGAUCGGGCUCGGGAUUCACCAGACCUCGCAGAAACUAUCUAAGCUUGCGAAAUUGGCUAAGAGGACCUCAGUUUUUGAUGACCCCACCAUGGAAAUUCAGGAGCUGACAGCAGUUAUCAAGCAAGAUAUAACUGCACUUAAUUCUGCUGUAGUUGAUCUCCAGCUUCUAUGCAACUCACGAAACGGAGGUAGUAAUAUUUCGAGUGACACCACCACUCACUCUACAACAGUUGUUGAUGAUCUGAAGAAUCGUUUGAUGAGUGCCACAAAGGAGUUCAAGGAUGUAUUGACCAUGAGGACAGAGAACUUGAAGGUUCAUGAGAACAGAAGACAAUUGUUCUCUUCUACUGCUUCCAAGAAUCCGGCGAAUCCAUUCGUUCGCCAACGGCCUUUGGCUGCAAAACCUGCUGGAAGUACUUCAGCUGCCCCUGCUCUUCCAUGGGCUAGUGGGGGACAAUCUUCAUCCCAUCCAUUCUCUAAAAACCAGAUGGAUGGGGAAACUCAGCCAUUAAUGUCGCAGCAGCAGCAUCAACAGCAACAGGAAUUGGUUCCCGUACAAGAUAGCUACAUGCAGAGUAGAGCUGAAGCACUUCAGAAUGUGGAAUCUACCAUUCAUGAGCUGGGCAAUAUUUUUAAUCAGCUCGCUACGUUGGUUUCUCAGCAAGGAGAGAUUGCUAUCAGGAUUGAUGAGAACAUGGAUGACACACUUUCAAAUGUGGAGGGAGCCCAAGGGGCUUUGCUCAAGUAUCUCAAUAGUAUCUCAUCAAACCGGUGGCUUAUGAUCAAGAUAUUCUUUUUGCCUCCGUUGCAUCCGCAAUCCAUCGACGACUCGGUAUUACGUGGAAAUCCAGAUUUGUACCUUUUUUAUCAAGCGUUGGAGAGCCUGAGGAGGAAGAAGAAGACUGACAAAGAGAAGAGAGUGGGGAAGACUAGUAAGAGUGCCUCCAAAGCUGGGAAAGAACCUGAGGAGGAGAAGCCGCAGGUGUUCUGGGCUCCUGCACCUUUGACUGCCAAGUCAUGGGCUGAUGUGGAUGAGGAAGAUGAUGAUGAUUACUUUGCUACCACUGCUCCUCCCCAGUCUCUUUGGGGGGAUUCAGGUUCGAAUAAACCUGAAGAGAAUCAUAAACCAGACCCUUCGGAGGAAAGUGAAAGUGAAGAAGAACUUCUCGAUGAAGGUGAUGAUGACGUGGAGGAUGACCAUGAUCAUGAACCAGAGGUGCAAGAACAGCCUGAGCCCAUAGUCAAAAAGCCUGUAGAAACUUCUCAGGCAGCGAAAGAAACAGAAAGACAGCUUUCCAAGAAGGAGAGAAGGAAAAAGGAGCUUGCUGAAUUGGAGGCCAUUUUGGCCGAUCUUGGAGUUACCCCAAAAGAGAAAGCCCAAGAUGAAUCAACUGAUACUACAAAAGAAAAGAAAGAAGGGGAAUCGAAUGGAGAUGCUGAAAGGAAGGAUAAUGUCCCUGCAGAAUCUAAAAGUGCGAAAAAGAAGAAAAAGAAGGAUAAAGUUUCAAAGGAGGCUAAGGAACACGAGGAUCAACCCAACAGCUCUAACGUCUCUAAUGGUCUUGAGGAAGCUGCUGGAACCGAAGAGGGAGAAGAAGAUGCAUCUGCUGUUGACGUGAAGGAGCGUCUGAAGAAGUUGGCAUCUUCUAAGAAGAAGAAAUCUAGCAAAGAGAUGGAUGCUGCUGCAAGAGCUGCUGCUGUGGAAGCCGCUGCAAGGAAUGCAAGACUUGCUGCUGCUAAGAAGAAAGAGAAGAACCAUUACAACCAGCAGCCAACGCGGUAG